AUGCGUCUGCAGACCGCAGCGGAUGAAGUCCGCUGCAAGACCUUCCCCAUGUUUCUGAAGGGGAGGGCCCGGCUCUGGUUCCAAGGUCUGGCACCAGAGUCCAUCCGAAGUUUCCCCGAACUGGCUCGGCAGUUUGUCGCCCAGUUCGUCAUUUCGAAGACUUAUUCGAAGAACGCGGCUCACCAGAUGGCGAUUAGGCAGAAGUCGGACAAGUCCUUGAGGAAUUUCAUGGCCCGCUUCUACACGGAGAGCCUGCAGAUCAGGGACAAGGACGAAAAGGUGGUGAUGGCCGCCUUUAUGAACGGGCUCAGGGCAGAGGAGCUCUUCUACAAGCUGACCGAGAAGCCACCUGGAGACCUGGAGGAGCUCCUAACCAGAGCGCAAGCAGUCGCUAAUGCCGAGGAAGCGGCACGCCUGAAGAGAGAGUCGGAUCGGGAGAUCGGAGAUCGGAGAAAACGGGGGAACCCCCUUGAAAAUAGGGACGGAUCGGCCAAGAAGAACGUGUUUGACCGGCUCUCAAAGGAGAAAUCCCCCGCUCAGUCGCCGCUUCCGGAAAAAGGGUACACCCCCUGA